CCAUCCAAUACACCUCGUUUACGCUUCCGUCCUCGUAGAGCGGUUUCAAGCGUCUCGGCGCGGUGAGCGGAAGAGCGAGGAGGGCUUGGAAACCUCGAAAGCCCGAAUCAAGCUUCGAUUCUUCCGUGUUUUCUCUCUGCCGUUGCCUUCCCAGUUCGAAAAGAGAGGGAGGAGGGAGGCGGCGGCGAGGACUAACGGUCGGGAAGGUUAAAAGGAAAUCUAGGGUUUUCUCGUCGGAGAUGCUGAGCAAGAAGAGGCGGCGGGCGGAGUCGCCGGCGAUCCACCCUCGCAACCGGUACUCGGAGAAACCACCGGAUUUCGGACUCCUCGCCUCCCUCUACCCUUCCUUCCGCCCCUUCGUCUUCUCCUCCUCCCGCUCCGGCCGCCCCACCAUCGAGUGGACCGACUCUAACGCCACCCGCGAGCUCACCCGCGUCCUCCUCCUCCACGACCACGGUGUCCACUGGUGGAUUCCCGAUGGGCAACUCUGCCCUACGGUGCCAAACAGAUCGAACUACAUCCACUGGAUUGAGGACUUGCUGUCCUCAAAGCUUAUCCCGGCGAGAAAUGAUUCUGACGGAAAAGUUAGAGGGUUUGAUAUUGGGACUGGAGCCAAUUGCAUAUACCCACUCCUUGGAGCAUCACUGCUGGGGUGGAGUUUUGUUGGGUCUGAUGUGACGGAUGUGGCCUUGGAGUGGGCUAGAAAGAAUGUGGAGAGCAAUCCCCACCUGUCGGAGCUGAUUGAAAUCCGAAAUGCUAAUGAUGCAUUGUGUUCCGAUGACAAGAAGCCAACUUCAGAGAAGUUUGAUAGUGAGGUGACUAUCGAUCCAACUGCAGCUGCUGAGGAGGCAGAAUCAUUAGAUCCAAAUCCAACAGAGGGUGACUUCUGCGAACCACCUAUACUUGUAGGUGUUGUCAAGGAUGGUGAAAAUUUUGACUUCUGCAUGUGCAACCCUCCAUUUUUUGAGAGCAUAGAGGAGGCAGGUCUAAACCCAAAGACUGCUUGUGGAGGGACCGCAGAGGAGAUGGUUUGUCCUGGUGGUGAACGAGCUUUUAUCACCCAUAUCAUUGAAGAUAGUGUUUCACUGAAGCAUUCUUUCCGGUGGUUCACAUCAAUGGUUGGAAGAAAAGCAAACUUGAAAUUCUUAGUGUCAAAGCUCCAUGAGGUUGGGGCCUCAAUAGUCAAGACUACUGAGUUUGUCCAGGGUCGUACAGCUCGAUGGGGUCUUGCAUGGUCUUUUCUGCCCCCAAGCAAAAAGUUCAUCGCGGCAAAUAUCCCAACAAAGAAUCAUCUCUCGUUCAUGCUUGAGGGCCUUCAACGUCAAUUUGGUGCCUUUCAAAUAUUAAAAUCAGUGGAGUCUUUUUUCCAGGCAAUUGGUGCCUUCUGCAAAUCUGAUUUUUCAUCAUUUUGUGUCAAUAUCAUGAUAUCAAAUAGGCAUACUGGUGUAAUACUAAAAGAUUGCUCUGAUAAUGUUGGUGGAAGUGUUGCUAGUUUGACAUCGAAUGGGUCAAACAACUUGCAAUGUCCAUUAAAUGAGCUAUCCUUCCGUGUCUCUGUAUUUGAGCAAAUUCCAGGCACGCUUCUAGUUAAAGGAUUGAUGUUGCACAAAGAAAGUCCACUUUCAGGAGUAUUCUCAUCGUUAUUUUGGCAAUUGGAGGAAGCCCUGAAGAAGGAAUUUCUGAACAAGUCUCAUGCACGCUAGCUUCGGCAAAUGAUUAGAAGGAAGCGGCAUUGCAUUAUAGAGGAUUAUAAAGGAAGAGAUGCAUCAUGGAACUAUAAGACGUAAUCGGAGCUCUAUGCUUCAACCCUUUUAAUCUUCUCUCCCAUAGUUGUAUCACAUGAAUAUCCCCAAAAUAAUUUGCUUCAUUGAUUUCUCUCUGGGAGAGCUCACCAGCCAGACUCCAUGUAUUUCUUUUGGAGUAUUCAGACGUAAUUUAGGCUCAAGCAUUCUCGAUCCAGAAUCGAAAGCUUCGUCAUCUGUUUAUUCAAUCUACAGAUAAAGUUUUGCUUUUAACGAGUCCUUGUAUUCCCUCGAUAAUCUUUUUUUCUUUUUUGGUUUGUUUUGCUUGUUAAUACUCUAUUCAUUUAACUUCUUGGUAACGAUGGAUGUGCCAUAUCUUUACCAA